UACCCAAUCAACACUUGCCGAUCACCACCACAAUGCCGUACUACUCUCACGAAGAUGAAGUCCACGACUUCGACGAGUACGAUCCGACCCCCUACGGCGGCGGAUACGACCUAGCCCUCACCUACGGCCGCCCCCUCCAGCCUUCCGAGGAGACCUGCUACCCCAGCUCCUCCGCCCCCGACCGCGAGGACGACUACGAGCGCCCCGAUCUCUCCUCCUACAGCCAGCCCUCCGCCUACGCCGACGAGGCCCUCCGAAACGAGUACAGCAGCUACCAGCGCCCCGGCGGAAGACCCGAUCAGGGAGGCGGAGGAGAGUAUGGAUCUAGGCCCACUAGGCCCAAGCCUCAAGCGGAGUAUGGAUCCGGUUACGGGCGGAGACCCGAGGCUGAUGAGCCGAGCUCCGAUUACGGAUCGGGUUACGGUCGAAAGCCGGAGUUCCAGGCGCCUCAAUCGGGCUACGGCCGGAAACCGGACUCCGAGGCGCCGGUGUCAGAGUAUGGAUCCGGUUAUGGCCGGAAGCCGAGUUAUGGCGGUGAUGAGAGUGGCGGAUCGCCGCCGAGGAGACCAGGGUUUGGUGGCAGUUCACCGCCGAAGAGGCCAGGGUUCGGUGGCAGUUCGCCGCCGAGGAGACCAGGGUUUGGUGGCGGUUCACCGCCGAAGAGGCCAGGGUUUGGUGGCGGUUCACCGCCGAAGAGGCCAGGAUUCGGUGGCAGUUCACCGCCGAAGAGGCCAGGGUUCGGUGGCGGUUCGCCGCCGAAGAGGCCAGGAUUCGGUGGCGAUUCACCGCCGAGGAGGCCUGGAUUCGGUGGCGAUUCGCCGCCGAAGAGGCCAGGGUUUGGAGGCGGUUCACCGCCGAAGAGGCCAGGGUUUGGUGGCGGAUCGCCGCCGAAGAGGCCAGGGUUUGGAGGUGAUUCACCGCCGAGGAGACCGGGGUUUGGUGGAGGAUCGCCGCCUAAGAAGCCAGGGUUUGGAGGCGGCUCACCGCCGAGGAGGACUGGUGGUUAUGGUGAAGAGGCGGUGAGGAAGCCGAGCUAUGGCAGGAGUAGCUAUGAGACUCCGGAGACUGAGGAGUAUGGGAGGGCGAGCUAUGGGAGGCCUAGCUAUGAGACUACUGAGACUGAGGAGUAUGGGAGGGCGAGCUAUGGGAGGCCUAGCUAUGAGACUACUGAGACUGAGGAGUAUGGGAGGCAGAGUUAUGGGAGAAGUGAGAAGCAGGAGUACCGCAAGCCGAAGCCGAGCUAUGGGCGUGGGAGUGAUGAUGAUGAUGAGGAUUCUGAGCGUCGGCAGAAGCGUGGGAGUGAUGAUGAGGACUCUGAGCGUCGUCGGGGGUAUGGUGGAGAGAGCCAUGGCCGUAAGAAAUAUGGAAAAGAUGACUCUGAUGACUCUGAUGAUGAGGAGAAGAAACAACGUCGUCACCGCCAUCGCAAGAACUAUGAUGAUGAAUGAACAGUGACUGAUGAGCUUGUUGCUGGGAUUCAUGCCGUAUUGAGCUUCUAAAUAAAGGGUUGAUGCAUGUUUGGAUAAUAUUACAGCUUUGCAUUCCUUUGAGUGGCUUUAUAUUACAUGUUUGGAUUCCUUUGAGUGGCUUUAUGUUACAUGUGUGAGUUUCAAAACUCUGAAGGCAUUUGCCUGUUCAAACUCAAGUACUUGUGUUGUUUUGAAAUAAAAACCCAGUCAUCUGGAUUGGAGUGCUUAA